GUCGCGAGACGCACAAACCAACAGCUGACCGGCGUUUUCCGUCUCAGAGGAAGAUCCGUCCGAGCUGCUGCUCAGUCAGGCUCCCUCGGUCUCUUUUUGCACACUUCAGCUGAGUUUGGCUGCGUUUUUGACACAUUAUUCAACAUUUUGUGAACAGAAGCUGCUUUGGUGGACGAGGUGGACGAGAUGUUGGAGACGGUCGCUUCGCCAAAAUGAACACAGACUGCACCAAACCCUCUGUUGCUCCAAAGCCAAGAUUUUUUUGUCAUGCCAGCCCGAAGCUGCCCUCCCCUCUUAUGUCCGCUGCCAGGGGUCCCAAACCAUUUAUAGCCCCUAAACCUAAAGUCACACCAGAGUUUAAUGGUAACCAGGGAGGAUGCUCCAAUGGCAUCUCACUAAAUUCAGAUAGUGAGGUUGAUGAGGAGCAUGUGACAGAAAACGGUCUGAACAAAGACGGAUUAUCGGCGGAGAAACAAUUUAACAUCUACAUCCUCAAAUCACCACAAAAUAAUGUUCACGGGCUGGAGGACGGAGAGGGGACAGAGGACGACGUAGACGAGACAGAAGAGGAAAAGGAAGAGGAAGAAGAUAUGAUUCACAAAGUGGAUGAGGACUGGAGGUUGACUGACAGCGCUUUAACAGAGGAGGUGGGCUCCGUGGAGACACUUUGGAGCAAUGAUGCCGGGCUCACAGGGGACUCUGAUGUUGCAGUGGAGAUGAUCGACACAGAUGUGACGGAGGACAUGGAUGCGGAAGGUUGUGACGGAGGCGAGGCGCUGGCCGACGCAGAUGGCCUCUCAGUGGGAGACAUCUCCAGUAACAGCAUCUACGAGGAGGCAAUUUGCUAUUUGGCUGAACAUCAAGACAUGAGGGAGAGGCAAAGACCUCUCCAGAUGACGGAGGAGGAAACAGGUGAUUGUUCAGCAGAUGAUUUAACUGAGUCCCUCACAGAUGAUCCUGGUCUCAUCAGCAAUGGAAACACAAAGGACGCUGAUAGAAAACAAGUUUUUCUCACGGACGGAGAGGACAAAGACAAGGAUACUGCUCCUCAUUGUAGCAUCACUUGCAACAUCCUGGGGUUUAAAUGUGGCCAUAAAGAGAAGGAAAGGGGAGAAAACCUACAGAACGACCAGAAACAAGUCUGUGACACAAGCCAGAAACAUUCUGCUCUAGUGGAUUAUCUGACUCACGAGCCUCACUACGUCUCCUCAAAGGACAUUCUUGACAGAGGGAUGAUAUCCAGGAAUAACAAAGUUCAUGGACUGGCACAAAGUCCACUUUCAUCUGUACACAGUGGUGGAGUAUCAGCUGGGAAAUAUGGGAAAACAGCGGAAAAUGGACGAACAGACUGUGUGUCCUUUGAGGAUUACGUUGAGGUUUGUAACCCUCUUGAGUACAGAAGCUACAACAGGGAUGAAAAUGAGGUGGGAUUAUAUCAGAAAAUGACGGAAGAACUCCAAGCUCAGGCACAGGAAGCCUUUUUUGAUCAUGUGGACUGCCAGCCGAGGUUCAGGCUUGUUUCCGUCUCAGUGCCGACCGGCACAGACACCUCGCUGACAUCUUCCCUCUCGGAAAGCCAGCUGCUUUCUCCAAGUGACUCGUAUGUCUUUGAGGAAGACCUGGAGGGUCACGUAGUGCCGUUUCUGGACGACACCACAGACACAGAACCGGAUGUCAGUGAGAAACACAUCUACGAGGAUCCUGGGGACAACUCAGAGGGUGAAAAUGUUAAUCCUUCUCACAAGAGGACAGCAGGGCUUCUCUCUUGCUCACUCUCGCAUCACAUUAAUAAUAAUGUUGGUGAGUUAGGAGGGCAGUUUGUUCAGAGGCCCUACGUGAGUGGGUUUGGCCAACCUGCACUGAGCAGCAGUCCCAUGAUAAGCUCAACGCGACACAGGAGCUGCAGCAAGCCCCACUAUUUGUCCCUGUACCCGCGCUCCCUCUCUAUGGAGGGACAAGACACGCCUCUCGGGGUCUACAGCUACAGGGAUGGUUCCCCAAAACAGGGUGGUGCCAUUUUUUCAUCUGGGAGCUUCUCACGGUGCUCCCCUCUGUCAUCCAGCGGUCUGUCCACUCCGACCUCUGUAGUGGAUAUUCCUCCACCGUUUGAGCUGGCCUACAUCACCAAGAGGCCCAUCACAAAAAGUUCCCCCUCGCUUCUCAUCGAAGGAGACUCAUCAGAGAAAAACAGAAAAAAGAAAUCCUCCAUUAAGCGUUUCCUGAUGCUUAAAUUUAGGCGGAAAACAGAGAGUAAGCAGGAGGGGAACCCCUCCUUGUUUAAGUCCUCGGCGGAGUCCAACCACCACUCGCCCAGCAGACUCCUGGAACUACAGAGACGCAGCAUGAGUGGCUCUCCACAGCUCAACUCCCGCUCUACUAGUAAACCUCAUGGUUCAUCAGAGCCGGCAUCCUCCUUUUUGCUCUACAGGGAAAGCAAAAGAACAGGGAACUCUAUGGCUUUUCUUAAUCGCAAUGUCGUCCGGGUGGAGUCCUUUGAGGAACGCUCCCGUGUGCCUUUCGCACAUCUUCCCCUGACCAAGCCCCGCUCCAUCUCCUUUCCCAACACAGAUACCUCAGACUAUGAGAAUGUUCCCGCCAUCAGCUCGGACUACGAGAAUCUUCAGGUGCCACAGCGCAGGCCUGUCUGCCAGGCGCCGUUCGCAGACUUCUUUGACCGUCCCAAUCGGAUUCUGUCCUCUGCCAAUGACACUGACGGUUACGUGGACAUGAGUAGCCUUCCUGGUUUCAAGAAUACGACACAGUCACCUCAACAGGAAACAGAAAGUGCAUACACAGAAGCCUACAAUGUGUGCUCGGGGGCUGUUGCUCCACCGACUGUCUCAGCGGGGGAUUUCAGAAGGGAGUUGGCGGGUGAGGAAGACCAAGGACGCACUUCUGAAGAGGAAGAGGGAGGUUCAGACAUAAUUUAUGACAGACAGCCUGACGGAAGAUCCAGAGCUUAUUACAUUGCAAAAGAGCUGGUGGAUACAGAGAGAUUACAUGUGAAAGGCCUUAAACUCCUCCAGGAAGACUUUCGGGAAGCAGUGGGGGCAGCAGUCGGGGAGGAGGGAGAGCCUGUUUUGGACGAAGAGAGGCUUCGAGAGAUUCUCAAUGAGCUGCCGGAUGUUUACACCCUGCACCGCCAAAUCCUCAGCGAACUGGAGAAUCGCCUUCGACACUGGGAGGAGAGCCAGAGGAUUGCAGACAUCUACCUUUCCAGAAAAGCAGAGUUCUUGGUUUUCACCACUUAUAUCGGUCACUACGAUAGAAGCAUGAGCCUGCUGGAGGACAGCUGCGGAGCUUCACCGGCCUUUGCCGCCAUUGUUCACCAGUUUGAGCAGCAGAGUCCAGCUGGAGGAAAGGUGUCUCUGAAACAGCAGCUGUUGCAGGUCAUUGUGCGUGUGGCUCAAUACCGCAUGCUCCUCACUGAUUACCUUAACAACCUCUCCCCGGAUUCCAAGGAAUAUAAAGACACCCAAGCUGCUGUAGCUGUAGUGUCUGAUAUCGCAGAUCAAACAAAUGACAGCUUGAAACAUGGGGAGAACUUGUUGCGUCUAGUCAACAUAGAGUACAGCGUCCGUGGGCUGCGGGAUCUGCUGCAGUCGGGCAGGGUCUUCGUGAAGGAGGGCACCCUGAUGAAGGUCAGCAGGAAGAGUCGACAGCCCCGCCAUCUGUUUUUGAUGAAUGAUGUGCUGCUGUACACCUACCCUCAGCAGGACGGGAAAUACAGACUGAAGAAUACUCUGCCUCUCACUGGCUUGACGGUCAGUAAACCCAUAGUAGAAAAUGUCCAAAAUGCACUGAAGAUUGAAGGAACAGACAUUUCCAUCACUUUGUCUGCAAGUUCCUUUAUUGAAAGAGAGGACUGGUUUUACACUCUGAGUCGCACUGUGACGGAACAUGCCAGGGGAUCUGUAGCAUUCAACAGCUGCUUAGGAGAGACCAGAGAUCGCCUGCGGCUGAUCCUUGGUGAGAAAGCCCCCACGCUUGUUCCCGUCUCACAAGUGAUGAUGUGCAUGAACUGCACCUCAGAUUUCAGCCUCACUCUCCGAAGACACCAUUGCCAUGGCUGUGGAAGAAUUGUUUGUCGGAGCUGCUCCAGGAACCGAUAUCCACUGAAAUACAUGAAAGACUGCAUGGCCAAAGUGUGUGAUCGCUGUUACAGUGAGCUUAAGAAGAGAGGGGGAGAAGCGCCUGCUGUGGCGAGUAAAAGUAGCCCUCGUCCAAACCGCUCCAGUCGUCCUCUCUCUGCUGUGUUCCAAAACAUGCAUCCUCCCAACAUCUGGAGACAUCGCAAAGGCACCGCUUCCUUCACCCCGGUGACAGUGUCAGAGGAAGGCUCCAUUAGUGGCACUCUCCAGCGCAGCAAGACGAGCAAAAGGAACUGGAAGAGGCUGUGGUUUCUCCUAAGAGACAAGGUGCUUUACACCUACCGAGUCCAAGAGGAGAAAGUAGCAUCUGAGAGUUUGCCUCUGCUGGGUUUCACAGUGAAGCUACCCGACCAGCUGGGGACAGAGGAGGAAGCCAACGUCUUCCAGCUUUACCACAAAAACACUUUGUAUUACUCCUUUAAAGCAAAGGAUAACUACACAGCCCAGAGGUGGGUGAAUGCCAUGGAGGAAGCCACAGUUUUAUAGCAUCAGUUACUCUGUUGCAUUAUUUCACCAACAGUCUGAAACAAAAAGGGGAAGAUGGAAAAAGACGAAAACAAUGUAUUUGAAUGUGUCUGCAUGUUGUAACUUGUCUGGCUGGACUGAAUAAGACAAGACAUCUUGUUCCUUGAGAGGGGACCUGAUUACCUCCAGUGUCCCCUACCUGCUGUUACAGCAGGUGUGAUGCUGAGAGUCACGACGGGCGUUGGCCCAGAUACCUGCCAGUGUGGAACAUUACAUUUAUGUGACCUGUAUUUCCCAACCAGCCAGUCAGUGACAUUUCUCCAAAUUAUGGAGAACAUUAUGGAUUUUUGGAAAAGAAAGAAAAUCUCAACAAUGUAUAUUUCAAUGUAUCCAUAAUCAAAUAAAUGACAAAGAUAGAGCUGGAAAAAUAUUUUAACCAGUUUCUUUACUCUAUAUAUCAAAGGGAGACUUACAAAUAGUAACUCAUUAAAAGAAAGGCCAACAUCUGGAUUGGCCUUCACUAAAAUAAAUGUUAUUAGUUCUUCCUGUAGCUUUAUACUGCACUGUAUUGUUGAAGAUGGUUCUGAAUAAACAGUUUCUAUGCUUUUUUGCACUGAUACAAAAAGAAAUUAAAGCUGUGAGCAGCGUUAGACGGGUUCUCGCUGCUCCUUGCACGUCGGGGCACUGGCCGGACGGUUACAAAUGCCGCCAUCGGACAAAGCGUUCGCAAGUCAGUGGUCGUUAACCGUGUGGAACAACGGCAAGAAUGCCGCUUUGCAAACUUUAUCAUUGUCUGAGGCAUUUUCUGUCAACAUAUAACCAGGACAUUCUGAUGUACCAUCCCAAAAUAAAAGUCUCUCAAAAUACCA